CUUCAAAGCUCCAUUACGCACGCGGAUCCUCCUGUUCGUCAAACUAAGAAGAUGCCCAAAUCGUCACCUUGCGUUUCCCCAUGGUCCUCCCUCUGGCUGGCAUCUCUGGCUUCUUUGGUGGUGCAAUCUGUGCUCUCUUCUACUCACUCUUCCUCCUCUACAUAUCAGAGAUCUGGGACCAGUGGGAAGCGGCCGGGCUUCAUGGAGAGGACGCUGAUCCUCCUGGAUGUCAACACCCGGAGUCCGAUCAGGGUCCUCAACGACAACUUCCUCUCUCUGCAGCUGGACCCUUCGAUCAUCAAAGACGGCUGGUUGGAUUUUCUAAGCUCCAAGCGGCUCGUGACCCUGGCGCGCGGCCUGUCGCCUGCCUUUCUUCGUUUUGGAGGAAAGAGGACCGACUUCCUGCAGUUCAACAACCAGAAGAACCUUGCUAAGUUCAGAGGGCCAGGACCUGACUAUUACCUGAAGAACUACGAAGACGACAUUGUGCGCAGUGACAUUGCAUUGGACAAUCAGAAAGGCUGUAAAGUGGCCAACCAUCCUGACAUCAUGCUGGAGCUGCAGAGGGAGAAAGCCGCCACCACCCAGCUCGUCCUUCUGAAAGAGCAGCUGUCCAAUAUCUACAGUAACAUCACAAUAACAGCCAGGUCUUUAGACAAACUGUACAACUUUGCCGACUGUGCCGGUCUGCACCUGAUCCUGGGGCUCAACGCGCUGCACAGAAACCCGGACAACUCCUGGAACACCUCCUCCACCCUGAGCCUCCUCAAGUACGGAGCCGGCAAGAAGUACAACAUCUCCUGGGAGCUGGGCAACGAGCCUAACGCCUACCGCAGCAUGGUGGGACGAGCAGUCAACAGCACUCAGUUAGCUCAGGACUAUACUAAGCUGAGGACCCUGCUGCAGUCUGUACGCUACUACCACCGAGCUCACCUCUACGGUCCCAAUGCAGGACGGCCUCGGAAGAACGCAAUCCUGCUGCUGGACGGAUUCAUGAAGAAUGCUGGCUCUGUUGUAGAUGCAGUUACGUGGCAACAUUACUACAUGGAUGGCAGAGUGAACAAAGUGGAGGACUUCCUAAAAACUCGUCUGCUGGACACGCUAACUGAACAAAUCACUAAAGUCAACAAGGUUGUGAACACACAUACACCCGGCAAGAAGGUCUGGCUGGGUGGACUGGGGCCGGCAUGGGCAGGAGGCAUCAGUAAUCUCUCAGACACAUAUGCUGCUGGAUUUCUGUGGAUGAACACGCUGGGUAUGGCUGCUUUGCAGGGGAUUGAUGUUGUCUUGCGUCACUCAUUCUUUGGCUAUGGAUACACACAUCUUGUGGACCAACAAUUUAACCCUUUACCGGAUUACUGGUUCUCUUUGGUCUUCAAGCGUCUGGUUGGUCCACGGGUGUUAGCUGUGCGGGUGGCUGGACUGCAGAGAAAACCACAACCAGGACGAGUCAUUCGAGACAAGCUACGCAUCUACGCCCACUGUACCAGCUACUACAACCAUAACUAUGUAAGAGGGUCCAUAACCAUCUACAUCAUCAACCUGCAUCGAUCGCGGAAGAAAAUCAAGUUGGCGGGGACGUUACGGAACAACACUGUCCAUCAGUACCUGCUGCAGCCCUUUGGCACGGACGGACUCAGAGCCAAAUACGUCCAGCUGAACGGGGAGAAGCUGCUCAUGUUGGACAACGAGACGUUCCCCGAGUUGAAGCCUAAGACACUGAGAGCUGGACGAACGAUAGCCAUGCCUCCCAUGACCAUCGGCUUUUAUGUGGUCAAAAACAUUAACGCGUACGCCUGCAGGAGAUAACACUCACCCUUCAUCUCUGAUGCAUCACAAGGGAAGAAGAACCACCAACCCUCUGCCAGCUUGAUCCAAAGCUUAGACACAGUUUGUUUCUACUUUCUUUUAAUCUUCACAGGACAUCACAGAUAACCACUUCAUUCAUUUGGACCUUGCUCUUGUCUGCUUCAGGAGGGGGAACAGAACAUUUCAAUUCCUCACAGUUGUUUCAAAACUUAUUUGCAAAACUCUCUAAACUGUCCUUGGUUUCCUUUGGCCUCUGUCAAAGAAACACUCACCCCAGAUACACAAAAAGAGCUGCACUGAACACUUUGUCAAUCUUUCACCAGCAAAUCCUCAUACUGUAUACUAAAACAAAGCAUCUAUUUUGUACCUUUGUAUAAAGUUUUUUUUUUUUUUUAUGAAUACAAAAACACAGAGAAGACCACAUUUCAUUUUAAUUUUCAAACAAAGGCUUAAUAGUCUUUCUUUCUAAUCUUUCUCUCUGUCUGAUCAACAGACAAAGCCUGAGAGGAAACUCUGAGCAGUGUCUGAGGCAAACACAAGUCAACUUCACUUUGGCUUGAUCCUUUCCACAAAGAGAAAACCUUGCUGUGCAUUCAAGGUCAUUCCUGGACUCACAAAGAGCUGUGUGUGCUCGUGAGUGUGUAUUUUACUGAUAAAGCUACUGAUUUGUGUGUGUCCUGACUUUUUGUCGAGCCUCUGAAAGGACACAUUUCUAUCCUUGCCAUAACAAGUCGUUUGAAGCUGAAAUCUUUCUUGUGGGCUGUUUUUGUGUGUUUUGUUUCUCUUCGGCCUCUUCUGCAGGUUUUAAUCAGUUUAACGUCACAGUGUGGGUAAUCGAGACGUUGCUGGUGUUGUUUUGCAGCUGAAGAAUUCAUCAUUAUCAUCUGUCUUCACAUGGCUUGCAUCCACAAACAGCUGGGAUUGCUAUGGAUCUCUAAACCCAAUAAAACACCAGCUGUUCAGGAGUAUUUUGAACUUUCUCACUAUCUUCAGUGAUAUCUCACAUUCUAUCGUUCUCUUAUGCUGCUAGGGUUUUUUGUACUUUAUAUACAUGAUAUGUUUUACAUUAUUUUGUACAGACUUACUGCUAUAUAUUACAUAAUGUAUUGUACAUAAGAAGAGGGACUAGAAGAAGUGAUUUAAGCUUGAUUACAUAAGUGUAAACCUUAUUUAUAUGAUAAAUACUUUACUUUUUGUAUUUUUUUUUAAUGAAAAGACUUUGCCAGGUCCCAGCUUUUACAGAAUAAUCUAAGGUUAUGUCAAGAACAUAUCCAUUGAGUUGUCAGAUAACUGACUGUGUAAAGACGUCAUUCACGGAGAGUUGUUUUUAGAAUUUAUGAGCCACAUUUCACAUCUGCCUCGAUUUUUAGUUUUGUUGCAUAAUAUUUAAGCGUCACAUUUUAAGGUGUGAUUUUAUCAUCCAGAACCACCGAGUGACUUCAUUCUCUCCCUGUUCUGUUGCUCAUUUUGUGUCCUGAUCUGAUGGGAAUAAAACAGCAGUGACAUAAUGAACAACUUUUACAUGUUUGAAAACAAGCAGGAGCAGGUUCAGUGUCUGAUCAUUUUAAAUAGGAGGUAUAUUUGUCCCCUGAAUGUGUUUAUAGUUAUGUAGAGAUGUUCAUAUUUCUUUUGGAGAGCAUUAUUUUAAUAUGUAUAUGUAAGUGUGCCUUUAUACUAUUUUUUUGUUAAGAAAAAGUUUACAUUGAUAAUAAACUCCUACAAACA